AUGGGCUAUAACACGGAGAACACCGAGUGGCCGACGUUUGAGAUCAGCUCGGCCGUCAAAGAGCUCAUCGACCGUUUCUUCUGGCAACUGGACCAGAGUGACCCUGAGUCGGGGAACGUGCUCGCCGACCAGAUCUUCGCAACGACCGGGCAAGCUGAGUUUGGAGGACAUAUGUUCACGGGGGCAGAUGAACUUCGCAAGUCGAGAGACAGUGCGUGGAAAAUCGUCACCAAGCGGCGCCACAAGAUCCUCAAGGUCUUCUCCGCCAACCUCGACGGCAGUGACUUGCUCUUCAUCGGCCUUGUGGCGAUGGACCUACACAACGGCAAAUCUGUGGCCGGGGAGUUCACCGGGAGACUUCGCGUCGAAAAUGCCACUUCGUCGCAGCCCAAGCUCCUCCUCUACCAGUCGUGGGCGGACUCGGCCCCAUUUGUCAAGGCGCUUCAAGGAGGUUAGAAUAAGGUGGACAGAGCUUAGAGCAGCCGAGGAGAGAGGUAGAUUGCGAGUCUAUCUACCUUGGGGAGAAAAGCGAUUUCCCGGC